GAGAUAAGAGAGAGAGGAGGAAAAAGGAGAGAGGAGAAGGAAGGAAGAAGAAGGAAGGAAGGGGACAAUACAAUCAUGCUGUGCUGUAUGAGAAGAACAAAACAGGUUGAAAAAAAUGAUGACGUUGACCAAAAGAUUGAGCAAGAUGGUAUCAAACCAGAAGAUAAAGCUCAUAAGGCAGCCACCAAAAUCCAGGCCAGCUUCCGCGGACACAUAACAAGGAAAAAGCUCAAGGGGGAGAAGAAGGGAGAUGUCCAAGCGGCCGAUGCUGAGGCUGCUGAGAAGAAGGAUGAGGCCCCGUCUGAUGGUGUGGCAGAGAACAAAGAGAGCAAUGCUCCUGCUGCCACAGAAGCUGCUUCGUCUGACAGCGACCCACCUGCAGAGGGCAGCAAAGAUGGCAGUGCUCCCUCGGAGGAGAAGCAGGGGGAAGGCACUGCUGAUGCUGGCUCAGAGCAGCCAGCUCCGCAAGCAGCCACUCCCGCCUCCUCCUCAGAGGAGAAGCCCGCUCCCACUGCCACCGAAACGGAAAGUGCCACUAAAGCUUCCACUGAUAACUCGCCGUCCUUGAAGGCUGACGAAGCCCAAGACAAAGAGGAGCCUAAACAAGCCGAUGUGCCUGCUGCUGUCACCACCACUGCUGCAGAGGAUGCUACUGCCAAGGCAACAGCACAAACGGAGACGGCGGAGAGCAGCCAAACCGAAGAGAAGACAGAUGCUGUAGAAGAAACCAAACCUACUGAAAGUGCCCAGCAGGAAGAGGUGAAAGAAGAUGAGAACAAGGCGGACCAAGAAAAUGCCUGAACAUUAAGAAAUGACUCCCUACUGCCCCUCACUUCCCCUUUCCUGUAUCCUUCUUCCUGUACCCACCCCCGAUCUUGAUUCCCACCUCUUGCUCGCCCCCGUGGGCCUGUCCGUCCCUCCCGCAUCCCACUUAAACCCCUUUUCUCUCUGUGUGGCAAACAUUUAAAGAAAAAAAAAGCAAAAAAAAAAAAAAAAAAGCAGGAAAAA